UUUUCAUAUUCCUUAGCUGGGUCUCUUUUGCAAACGCUGAUGCUAAAAGGUUGGGUGUAAAAAAAUGACAUCUUUGAAACUUACUCUGUAACAGUGCCCUUGUGGUUUAGAUGCUGCCCGCUUUCUGUUAAACUUGGCCGAGAAAAUAGGUUUGGAAUAGGGCUGUCAAAAUCUAUUUUAAAAUCUGGCCGUUACCACUGUCCGUGUGAAGUGUGAUACUUUUGACAGCUGGGUCCUAAAUCCAGGCUGAACGGGGCACAGAAGCUUUCUGAGAGUCCCAAGCUAACUAUUUAAAUACAGAAUGGAGAAAGUAGAAUUUUUAAAAUGCAUGCUCAGCCCUGGUUCUGAGUAUUAUGAGCCCUUGCAAAAUGCCAACGAAAGGUCAGAGGGAUUCUGGGCCUCAGUGAAUUCUUUGUUAAGCUUUCCAGGAAAGCAGACUCUAUAUGUGUAAGUGUUUUCCCACCUGUACUUUUAGCUUUAAAACGUUAAUGCUUCUCAGAUGAGCCUUGCACAAUUAUGUUUCUCCCCCACCCCUUUGAAUUUCAGAGGUGGAGCAGAACUCCUGUUCGAUGGGGUGAGAAAACAUCGGGUGGCUUUGCCCAACAAGUCUGAACCUUGGAAUGUCCGACAUUUGCUGGUGUGGAUUAAAGAGAAUCUACUGAAAGAGAGGCCAGAAUUAUUUGUCCAAGGAGACUCCGUGCGCCCGGGAAUUCUGGUGCUCAUCAACGACGCAGACUGGGAGCUCAUGGGCAACCUGGACUACCAGCUGCAAGAUCAGGAUCAUGUGCUUUUCAUCUCCACCUUACACGGUGGUUAAGCAGCCAGGGAGGGGGCCGGAAACAGCGACGACAAAACUAAACCGCCUUCUUUGCCGUUGUCCCAGCUGGAUUGAGCUGGCUCCUAAAUAGGAGCCUCCUUGAGAAAGCCAGCCUUUGGAUCUGCCUUCCCCCUGCGGGUCUGAAUCCAGCCGGGGAUCGGAAGAUGGGACUUUGAGCGCCUCCUCUCCGGCGCUGGGACAGGCAAGCUCCUGAGCUGUUACUGACUCUGAGGAACGACCGAGCGCGCCAGAGGGCUGCAGCUGUGCUCUGCUGUGACUCGUGGUGCCUGUUGGUCGUCAGGUGAAUGAGAAGCCCCCUCUUUUUCCCCCAAGCAGCCAGAAGAGGAGGGCCCAGUUUGCCUAUGAUCCAGCCCUCCUGACCUGGGGACCCAUGGUCUGCCUUUGCUGGUCUCCAUUUGACCAGCAGACUCGACUAGCUUGAACUGAAAAGUCCUCUGUGUAGCCAUCCUGCAAAUACUUGCUUUAAAUUUAGGGGGGCAAAGGAUUCCCUUGCUUGCCUUUUAUAUAUGUGUGUGUGUGUGUAGAGCUGAGAACUCCUGCUAUCAAUUGUUUGUGUAUCCUUUCAUCUGUGGCGCCACAGGCCCGCUCCGUUGCCAGCUGCUGUGCCAAUGAAUAAAAAUGCUACCCCUG